AUCUCUAAUUUCAUUUCACGUUCCUUUUCACUCUAGUUCCUCUCUUUCGCUCUUCGUCUCUGAACCCUUGCAUUUCUCGGCUCUCCUCUAAGGAGAGUUAGGUUAGGGGAAGGCGAAGGCCAGCAAACUGAAAGCACUAAAGGUCAGCGAACCAUCGGAGACUGCUUCUGCCUCCGCUGCCUCUUCGUCGAAAUCUCCAAAGUCUGACCAAUGGGGAAAUUAGCGACAAACGACGGAAACAGCAACGUCCACGAAGAAGAGGAAGCGCAAUGGAAACUCUUCUGGUAUUCACAUCAUCUUGCUUUGUUUACACUAUUUCGUCUCUUGUAUUCAAAGUUUCGUACCUCACUGUUGCUUCGUUUUCGUAAACCCAUAAAAGAAAAUGUUGAAGGAUUCAAUGUGUUUAGAAAUUAUGCAUUUGUGGCGCAGUCCAGUGGUGAAGUUCAAGCUGAUCAACAGUCUAUUGAGUUGAGUAAGAAGAAGAAUAAGAAGGAACAAAAUCGACAACUCGAGCGGGACGCGAUACUCAGAAAGCAACACAACAUUCAUGUCUCUGGUUAUAAUGUACUGUCACCUCUUCAAAGCUUUGGCGAAUUGAAAUCAAGGUAUCUUUCGUGAGAAUAUUAUGUUGUCCAUAUCUGAGUAAUAUCCUACAUUCCGUCUGCUUCUCAUUCUGGUAUUUGGUUUGCUAGAAAGGGAUGAUUCAGAAUAUUAAUAAAUUGUAUGCAGCUAUAAGU